UAAGUUUUAUGUUGCCUUGGUAACUGUGUUAGUUCUAGACGCGUUUUAAAGAUGGAGGAUCUCCCGCAGCUAGGUCGAGUGCGUUGACCUGUCCACUUGUAAGUUUACGCCAUUGCUUACUUUGUUAUGUCAAAAGAAACAUAACCGGGAAGGUGUAUCUCAAGCAGGUGAGAGGGUAUGUGCAUUUGGUUGCGAACUGACCUACUCAACGUUGUAAAAUCAAACGCCGUUGGGCAUAUCCAAUACCUUCAGUAAGUUGACAGGUAGACUGGGAUCCUGCGGUCCUCAUCAUAAAUGCUACUUGGAGGAUGACUACCAGAGUGCUUGCAUCCUUUGAUGCGCUUGAUAAGUACUCCAAAGAAGUUCUGAGCAGACACUCAAGGAGGAACAAGCUCAGUCACGGAGAACAAUGUGCAACCUUUGAUGGACUACUACGCUCACCAUGUGGUGGUGUUGCAGAUGACUGGGAAUUGUAUCCGAUCUGUGACAGAGAAACAUCGAAAUCAAAAUUAAGCACUGACAUCACACAUUUGAAAAGUCUCCCUAAACAUAGUAAAGCAAAAUCUACUCGACACCAAGAGUCAAGGUCCGCUCAAAAAGUCUAUGGCAAGGUGAACAUCUGUGACGAUGUAUCCCGAAGAUCUGAGGACAGUGACGUAAAGCUGGAAUCUUCGGAUGGCUUCAUGGUUGUAAGAAUACCUAGAACACCCUCCGUUGUCUUCAGAAAAUAUAUGCAGCACAGACCAAAGUGGUCAAGUGAGAUUGACCGCUCAGACAGCGUAUACAGCAGCAGAGCUAUGACCAGGGGAAGCUUCAGUAAUACAUCUUACAGGAGCUCCACUUACAGCAGUACUGGGAAAAGGCCAAUAAGUGCUUUCACGGAUGAGGAGAAUGGCCCGUUAACAUUGAACGACUCUGUUGGUAAAGAUGGGACUGAGCAAGUGGAGCAUGCUAAUGCUGCCCGUGUGACUCCCAGUGGAAGACGGUCAGAAGACAUUUGUGAUACAGAUCAGCUAUGUGAGAAGAAAGAGCCUCAGCCACUGCCUUUAUGCCUCGAGGAUGAGUUGAAGAGAAACCCUUCGAAAGUACUGUCACACCGAGCUUCAGCUGCUAAGACACCUUUGUCGAUUGCCAGUGAGACAUUCCCAGUGGUCUACAAUACUGGGCAGCCACACAACAAACCCCACAGCAGAAGCAAAGGCUUCCACACUUUGGAACCAACUGACACCCAUCCCAGAAGUGGCACCUAUUUGGAGGAUUAUGACAGGGGCAACAAAAUACACUCUGCCAUCGUCCGCCUCACAGAUAAUAUACAGGAACAGUAUGCAACCAGGUUCCAGCGCAGGGCUUCUACUGCUAAGCGGAGCCAACAGGAAUACCUGGCCGCAUCAGUGGAUACCAUAUUCAAGCCUGCUGACCAGGGCCCAGAGAAUCCGAAUCACAGGGGGUUGUCUCAGAACCCAGGCGCCACAGCAGCCAGUAAUUCCAAAACUACGGCCCUCGCCCUCAUCAGCCUGAAGCCGCUGCCUGGGCCCCUUGGGUUGUCAGGCACAGUAAAUAAUGGAGUAAACCCCAAAACAAAUGGCAUGUCCCAAAUAAACAUCAGACUACCGUCCUGUGAUGACAGGAGCCUGGCCACUAUACAUGGACAUCCAAGAACAAAGGCUUUGGCGAAAAAGACUUCAGAGUCAGUCCCGCUUAAGAAAUCUGGCUCUUUUCUCACAGCAAACCCACUGUUGCAGCAAAAAGGUUAUCCAUGCAUUUUUGUACCCACGCUACCAAAAACGGCUCAAGUAGCGGCUGAUUUUGGGAAUGUUCAUGGCUCUUCCAUCGGUUUACUGGCACCCACAACAAGUAGAAGUUCAAUCCCAGAAGUCCCAUGUUUGGCACGAAACACACCGAUGCCUGAUGAGUCCAAGGAUGGAUCAGUGCUCUGAACAUACUGUCCUUUUCACAGGAACGAGUAUUAUGGCCAUUUUCAUGAUCAUGUCUGUGAAUAGAUUACAAUGAAAUGUGCAGUGACUGAUACCGGAUAUUAAAUGGUUUGGUUAAUAAAGACUGUGAACUGAAGCAUGAA